CAGCAGGCUCGAGCUCAGCGGCUCUCAGUAGUAAUUCAGACACCGUGACUGGCUGCUGCUCAGCGCUGCAACCUUUCGACAACCCUGCGCGAGGUCUUUCUACAGGACCUUGGGCGCGAUGUGGCUAAGCGUGCUGGUAUAUCUGGUGUACUUCUGCAUGUAUACUGUAUUGCUGACCAUCGUCGGGCUCUGGUGCUUCGAAGAGUGCGGCUUGACUGACGAAGAAGAGUACGAGUUCUAUAGCAGACAGCGGAUGGCUUUUUGAUUCGGUGACAGCUUGCAGAAAGCAAAUUGUUGCUGAAAACGCAGUGACUUUAGUACUAACGUACGUUAGUAGUGACAAGUGUCAGUGUUUAGUGUUAGACUAUAGUGUUAGUGCCACAGACUCAAAAUGUCGGGUUUCGUGAGACUAGCGAUCGACGACAUCUACUCGUCCAACAACUGGACCACAAUCAUAAACAAAUACUGGAUGAUGGCAGAAAAAUAUUCAGAUCCCAGAGUGCAAGGAUGGUUUCUAUUCGACACACCACUUGCCACCUUAGCAAUGGUAAUCGUCUACCUCGCCUGCGUCCUCAUUGUCGGCCCUAUAUGGAUGUCAAACAGAAAGCCGUACAAAAUACAGAAUGUUCUCAUAUGGUACAACGCGGGCCAAGUCUUACUAUCUUCCUAUAUGUUUUAUGAGCACCUCGCGUCAGGAUGGUGGGGCGACUAUAGCCUAUCAUGUCAGCCUGUCGACUACAGUCAUAGUGAAAAAGCGCAAAGGAUGUUACAUUUAUGCUGGGUGUAUUACUUCUCCAAACUAUCAGAGUUCGCCGACACGAUAUUCUUCGUACUGAGGAAGAAGAAGAGUCAAAUCACGUGGCUCCAUCUGUACCAUCAUUCCCUAACGCCGUUCGAGGCUUGGCUGCUGGUUAAAUUCAUUGCUGGUGGUCACGGAACCUUCUCAAACAUCGUGAACAACCUGGUUCACGUCGUCAUGUACGGAUACUACAUGGUGGCCGCCAUGGGGCCGCAGUACCAGAAGUAUCUCUGGUGGAAGAAACAUCUCACUCACAUUCAACUAGCUCAGUUCUUCAUGGUGUUGUUCCAUUCGAUCAGCGCUCUCAUCUACGACUGCGGUUAUCCUAAAAUAAUUGCAUCCGGCCUCAUUCUCCAUUCCUCGAUCUUCAUCGUUUUAUUCAUGAACUUCUACAUGCACGCGUACAAAGCCGAGGCCAAGAGGGCAUUAAAACCAUCAGAAGACGCAGUCAACAACAAUUUGGACGACAGCCAUAAUCAAUGCAAUGGAGUGACCAACGGUAAAGUCCAUAUGAACGGUCGUGCUAAUGGUCAAGUUUACUCCAACGGAGAAGCCAAUGGAAUCACAAAGGCAAGCAUAGGAGUCAACGGCAUUACUAAAACCUCCAUCGAAACUAACGGCCACCUCAUGAACGGCUAUACGAAUGGACAUAUACCAGUCACCGACAAAGAAAAAGUCCAAUAGUUCUGGAAUUAAUCAUUAGUUUAUUUGUAAAUUUAUACAAAUGUUAACAAUUGUAUUGGUAGUCGAACUACCAAAACCGAUAUUGUUGCUCUUAAUCGAAAGUCUUUAUGAUAUAAAUAAUCAAAUAUACCAGUGUAUCCAUUAUAAGCAUAUAAUUUAUAAAGUCUACACAUAAAUAUGUAAAUAAGUAAUUCAGUACCAUACUUUCUCUUCAUAGCGAAGUCACAAAAUUAAUCUGUUUUAUUUUUGUUAACAGUUCAGUGUUAAACUACCUCAUAAACGACUUUCUUGUCUACUUUUUAAGUUUUAGGCCCAGCUUACACCAAUGAAAGCAAUUUGUUUUUUAAAUCAUUAGUGGUUAUUGGUUUAAUGUGAAUAUGAAAAAAAUAUAUCUUAUUAUGAAUUUAAUAAUGUUAAGGUGACAAAUCUUCUUUGUUGGUGUGAACGCGGUUUUUUCUUCUUCCGUCCAAUGAGCUUUAUUUAGGCGUAGAGAGAGGCAGAUUUACGCCUAGGCAUCAAACGCACGCUCAGUUUUUGCCGGCGGCGUAAAUCCAUCUCAUGAGCUUUACGGCCGGGCGUAAACUGGUUAUAAAAGUUUUUGCCCACCGUAAACCAUAUGGAUGUAGAUGUAUAAUAUAAAAUAAUUGUAAAUACAUAAUAAAUUAUUUUUUUGCAUUAUCUUAAAUGGACGCUUCUUUUGUAACAAUGCACAGAACUCUAUAGCGAUUGUGAUACGCGUGUUCUCAAAUUUAAACUGAAUUUCCUGAUUGGUGAAUCACUUAGUGAUAUAGAAUUUGCUCAACGACAAAUGUAAAUAGUGUAGCUAGAAUUUGAUUGUGAUCUAUAUUAUUGUCUGUUGUUAAGUUGUUGAUUUCUUAUUGUAAAUAAUUGGAAAUUGUAGACACUUUGUGUAUGAAUACUUUAAGCAUGUAAAUCUUCAUUCAAUAUAUUUUUUCUGUUUGGUAGAUGCGAUUGUUAUAGGAAAUGAAAUUUGUCAAUGCAAAAUAAAAGAUUCAUUCAGUAUUAUUUACUGUAAGACAACAAAAGUUAGUCACUGCAUGUAAAGUUCAAAUAAAUCAUCACCUACGAUAUAUCGUGGAUAUAUCCUACAAAGUUUGGGACGAUGUAUGUGAGUGUGUACGUUUGUUACUCUUUCACACAAAAGCUACUGGACGGAUUAUUAUGAAAAUUGGUACACGGGUAGAAUAUAACCUGGAAUAACAUACACAGGGUACUUUUUAUCCCGAAAUUGCCACGGGAGCGAAGCCUAGGGGCGCAGCUAGUUAUUCAUAAAUUGCAGCUAAUUGUUAAAUAUCAAAGUGUCAUAGUUACGUGUUAAGUAAUCCAACAACUUUUCAUUUGAAUUUAUAUAGCUUCACAUAAAUAUAUCGUAGCUCCGUGUGUAAAACGGGGUUUAUAUGCCAAUGUUUUGUAAACAUACCAGUCAGUUUAGGAAAAUUAUAUUUUCAACAGUGUAAAAUAGAUUAUUAGUUAAUGUAAGAUAUAUGAUAUGAAUUAUGUAGACUUUUUAUACUUGUACUGGCAAAAAUAUUCGAUUAAAAUAAAAAUUUAUGUUUUAUAAUGACAUUAAAAUUUGAUAUUAAAAGGGAUGUAAGUUU